AAGCCGAAGGGAAAAAAGGAAAGAAAAAUAAGGAUGGGAAGGCCGGAGAAGGAAGGGAGGUGUAUGAGGCAUCCAAUCCACAAGCACUCCAAUGGCGUCUGCCCAUAUUGCCUCUACGAUAGGCUCUCCGAUUUCUCCACCUCGUCUUCCUCAUCCACCAACAAAUCUGCUUCCUCAACUUCCUCCUCCACUGUUUAUUAUUCUUCUUAUGAUUCCGAGCUCUCUUCCAUGGAUGUGUCCCCCCCGCAUGAGAAACUCAUGGCUGAGAGUAUGUUGAAGCAGUUAGAGAUGUUGAGGAAGAGCAAGUCUGUAGGUUUUGAUAAGGAAGCAGAGCGGGGGCAGGAGGAGGAAAAGAAGAAGAUGGGGAAGAAAGGAAGGUUUUGGAUUAGGUUUAUGAUGGGGGGAGGUGGGAGGAGAAAGCAGAGGGAAGUUGGGUUGUCUCAUUCGAAAACCAUGAAGGAGAAGUCUUCUCACAAGUGGACUAAUUUCUUCUCUUAGCCAAGCUUUUUUAUUUUAUAGGUUGUGAUUGAAGCUGCAAGUUGUUAAAUUUGGGUUUUGAAAGCUGUUAUUUCAGGAUUAAUUUCUGGAAAAAAACUAAAGUGUAAAUUUUGAUUUGAAUAAGAUGAUUUUGCACCAUGAAAGCAGGAAAAUUGGCCCAUGUUGAUGCUUUUUUU